AUGUCGGCGAUAUUCAAGGCGCGUACAAGUACACGGUCGACGGCUGCAGCCACUACGGAAGUGGCAGGUACAGCACCGGCGGCGGCGGCGGCACUGGUCGUCCCGACACCCGAAGAGUUCACAAAGAAUAAAUACUAUUGUGUUUCCAAACUCCCAGCUGAGUUACCCAGUAAUUUUCAACUGGAGCAGCAGGAGCAGCAAUUCAUCAAUGCAUACGCCGAUUCCGAGUCAAACUACUCUCUCGUGAUAAACGACGACACGAUAUAUGCCUGGUGUUACAAGUCAAUUGAUCAUUCUCCAUUUUCGAUCCAGUUUCCAAUCGAUAAACUGAAAUUUCAAUUGCCUAUAAUGGCAUUAUUAACGCGUCCUUCGAGCGGGACAGGCCAAGAUCCAGGAUUGAUCAUAUUAGAUACUAUAACUGGCCUAAUCAAGUUUUACGAAAGUGUACAGCAUGCACCCACUUUAGGAUUAAUCAAUGAUAAGUCCUUUGAAUUACAAUUGAAAUUGGAAAAAGAAGAAUACAUAACCAUGGCAGAAAAUGUCGAGCCCGCUGGAAUUUGCAUUGCUACUUCUUCACAAAGAUGCAUAUUGAUACAAUUACGAGAUUUCAAAAGCAAACCGCACUUGUCGUAUUUAGAAGUAUUGAAUCCAAAUAACAGUGGGAUAAUAUCGAGAUUAUUAGGGGUAGGAGUAGGGGAAAACGGCAGCGGCAGGAGUGGGAGUAGGAGUGAGAUUGUUGCUAUUAGAUCAGGACUUGUCAAAGAACACGGGACAAGCCAGCAAAUAUUGAUAUUGGACUCUUCAGGAACCUUUCAUUGUAUGGAGUAUAACCUCUUAUCAGCAAGUUCUGCUUCUUAUCUCGAUAAAGGAAAAUCAUUUAAACAAAACUUGUACAUUGAUGAUGCAUAUAAUGUAUCUAACCAAUCGGUGAAAUUCAUGGAUAUUUGGCCAUUGCAAGAGGAAAGUUAUUACCUUGCAUUGUGUCAAGUGAACGGGAGGUUGUUAUUGGCUACAUUUGGAGCAGAUAAAUCUGGUGUGCUAUUUUAUGGAUCCCAUCAAUUGAAAAGUAUUGAUCAUAUUUCACAUUUACAAAACAGUGCCAAGUUGUUCUUGCCAAAACCUGGCAAAACUGCUUUUGUCAUUGUUGACACAGCGAUAAUCAUGACCGAUAUAAAUACUUCGUAUAUUGAGUCUCAAAGUACCUUCACUUAUUAUAAGCCACGAUGGGAAGAUAUUGUUAAAUUACAAGCAUCGACUGAUAUUAUUGGAUAUGGAUAUGAGAAUCAAUCGCCUAUAUCUAAUCCGGCAGUUAUUCUCAUAACUAAACAAUUUGGAGUAUUGAGAAUUGAAAGGUUUCAAGAGAAGAUCACCGAUGAAGAGAUAAAUGACCCUAUACUAUUAGUGAAAUCACAUAUUGAACAAGGUAUAUUCUACUCAAAGUCAACCGGGAUUGAUUUUGACUUGAGCCAAAAAUUCGAUAAUGGAAUUAUUGAGGAGGCAGUUGCUUUGAUAAAUAACGAGGUUUUAAAUUCAACUUCAGCAUAUCUACCAUCAACACUUCCUUCAAUUGCAGAUUUAACUGAGUUGAAAGUGAAUUUGUUCAAAGUGCUUAUAUCUUAUUGCCAGAGAAACUUUCCUGGCUUGAACUUAGUUUCGGGAAUCUUGACAAAUUUGCAAAAGACAAACUGUGCUUUGAAUUUGAUAACCUAUAUCAAUGCAAACGAAAAAUAUAAAGCCGAAUUUAAGAAACUAGAACCAAACUAUAGAGAAUUUUUUGCCCAUCACAUCACUGAUAUAAGUAUAAUCUUGACCAAAUUCCUUAAGCUGUUGAAAAAGGCCAAUUUAUCUACUGCGUCGUUGAUAGUUUCUACACUUUAUGAUGGUGUUUACUUGAACAGUAUUGCGUACCCACAACACGUUGUUUUCCUAUCCUGGAUUUUCAAAACAUCUUCAUCACUAAUCAAGGACGUUGAGCUGUAUUUCAACCUGGAUUUUGUAAAGGGCAGAAAUGACAAUGCUGAUGAUGCGUUUCGUAUUGUGGAAAUAUUGUAUUAUUUUAGUACAGCAAAAAUAGCAGAAAUGAAGAAGCAGAAUCAAGAGUUGCAAGAAUAUGAAAAUUGGUUUAAUGCACAUAAAUAUAAUUGGAUUUCAGUGUUGUUAAAGCUAGAUCUCGUUGACGAAGCUUUAAACAUUGCUGAAAAAUAUCACGACUUUGCCGCACUUGCUAGGAUUUUGGAUCUGGAAAAGGAUGUGAUCAACAUCGAAGAUCUCCAAUAUAAGGAAUAUUUCAAUAAGUUUGGUUAUCCGUUUGCAGCGAGUGUUUAUGAGCAUUAUCUAAAGCAUGACAAGAUUCAAGAUUUGUUGCUUAAUUUCACCAAUUUCAAACCUUACUUGAUUGAGUACUUUAAACAAAAUCCGAAGCAAACUACAAGUGUAGCAUGGAUCAGAUUCAUUCUAGAUGGUGAAUUUUCAAAUGCUUCCGAGUCAUUAAGCAUUGCAUCUAAGGAUGAGGAGAAAACAACUAUUGAUACUCAACUCAAACAACUUUCAAUUGCAAAGAUGUGUGCCAUUGCAUCAGGUAACAAUAAUGUUUCACUAUUAGAUGACGAUUUGGUACAGAUUAGAAUUCAGAUAAAGUUGAGAGACAUUGUUUUGAAUAAAUCAAAAACUGAAGCUGUGACACAGUCUCAUUUUGUCAGUUACUUUAUAAACUCCAAAGUGCAGAAAACAGUUGCAAAGAAACAAGUUGAUGAAUAUUUUGCUAGAUUGCUUGAAAAUAAACGAUUGGCUGUCGAGAAAUCGAUAGACCUAUUGACUAUAAUAGAGCCUAAACUACUUGACGGUAUGGGGUUCAUAUACGCUUUACAAAUUGCCAAAAUUAUCAAAAAUGAGCAAGUAAAGGAUUUCUUCAUCAGCGUGAUUAUACUUCGUUUGAUAACCAUAGGUGAUGAUUAUGAACAGAUUAUAAACGAAACAAAAAACAAUGAUGAUGAAAUGGUAUACAAGAAGAGAAUCCAACAAAGUGUGCUUUUGAAAACGUUGAAAAACCAAUCAGAUAUAAUUGACAAAUUAGCACAAGUGAUACAAAAUCCUCAACUUGACACUGCGUACAAUGAAAAAUUCCAAAUGAUGCUGCAGUUAAACAAUAAUCUAUUGGAAAGGUUGAACAACUUUUUGAUGAAGGAUGGGUAUAAAAUGUUGAUUGAUUCUGCCAAGGAACAAGCUAGAGUUGAUUCUAUGGAGUUGUAUUCAAAAAUUCUGUGA